GGGGACUGCAGCCCUGGGGGGCGGACCCUGGGUCGCGACCUCUGCCCCGUACCCGGCUGGGCGACUUCGACCCCACCCCUACCCGGGCCGUGACCCCCACCCGAGCCUACCCGUAUGGCCCGGCACGUGUUCCUGACUGGGCCCCCAGGAGUUGGCAAAACAACACUGAUCCAGAAAGCCACUGAAGUUUUAAAGUCCUCUGGCGUGCCUGUCGAUGGGUUUUAUACAGAAGAAGUCAGACAGGGAGGAAGAAGAAUAGGGUUUGAUGUUGUCACGUUGUCUGGCAUCCGAGGACCUUUAUCCAGAAUUGGGUCAGAGCCUCUGCCUGGAAAGCGUGAGUGCCGUGUAGGGCAGUACGUGGUGGAUCUGACGUCCUUUGAGCAGCUGGCGCUCCCAGUCUUGAGGAAUGCAGGGGCCAGUGGUUGCCCGGGACAGAGCAUCUGUGUCAUCGACGAGGUGGGGAAGAUGGAGCUCUUUAGUCAGCCAUUCAUCCAGGCCGUCCGCCAGGCGCUGUCCACACCGGGGACUGUGGUCCUCGGCACCAUCCCUGUACCCAAAGGAAAACCACUGGCCCUCGUGGAAGAGAUCAGAACCCGAAAGGAUGUGAAGGUGUUCAGCGUAACCAAGGAGAACAGAAACCACCUUUUGCCAGAGAUUGUGACCCACAUGCAGAGCAGCCAGAAGUGAAGACGACGUAUCACCACUUCUCUGCACGUGCAAACGUUUCUUUGAGAGGAGCCCCAGUGCUCUGCCCGACCAGGUUUUAUGCCAUUAGUUUAUGAAACCUUGGAGGCUUUUCCAAAGAAAGCCUGACAGCUGUUUUCCAUAAAAUGUUUUAAAAGAUCAAAUUAGCCUUAAUGCUGGAUUGACUCUACAAGAUUAACAAUCCACUGUGGUGUAUUUAUGCUGAAAGAUUUCUGUUUAUUUCCUCUUGCAGUUGUGCGUAUGAUUUGGGUAAAUUAUGAAAGAAGAAAUAGUUUUCGAAGUAUUAGAUGGAAUUUGCCCCCAUUGAAGUUUAUAAAUGUGUUCAGGAGAGGGGAGUGGGGAGGAGUUCACUUCCUGAUCAUUUUGGCAUGUCAGGAAAAUUAAACCCCUCCCCAGAAGCAGCUGCAGCCUACUGCAACUUGGAGUGAUAACAGUUAUUUGGUUUUAAGAAAAUCAGUAUUUCAAAAAGAGCCAUUUUCAGUCCUUCCCUGCCCGCAUCUUUUACUGUUUAUUUGUUUGGUUAUUGCUUAAUAAAAUAAAGAGAAAUGUGA